GUCUCGACAGGUCCAUCCCCGGCCCACCCAGUUUAACCAGCUCCAGCCACUCCCAGGACGAAGUCAAGGCCUCAGAAGGCGACUACAACUCCCAGCAGCUCGAGCAGCCCCGCCCCCACGGCUCCGCCCGCGCUGAUUCUCCAUUGGCCUUCCGGGGGUGGAGAUUAGAUGGGAGGUGGCCGUGGGGCUGCGGCGGGGAUUUGUUCCCACUUCGGCUUCCGUAGAGGAAGUCGCGCGGACCUUCAUCUGGGGUUUUGGUGCCCCCCCCCGCCCCUUCCCCGGGGUCCGGGGGUGACAUUGCACCGCGCCCCUCGUGGGGUCGCGUUGCCACCCCACGCGGACUCCCCCGCUGGCGCGCCCCUCCCAUUCGCCCGUCCGGGUCAGGCCCCCACCGUCCCACCCGCCCAGCCAUGGGGGCUGCGGUGUUUUUCGGCUGCACUUUCGUCGCGUUCGGCCCGGCCUUCGCGCUUUUCUUGAUCACUGUGGCUGGGGACCCGCUUCGCGUUAUCAUCCUGGUCGCAGGGGCAUUUUUCUGGCUGGUCUCCCUGCUCCUGGCCUCUGUGGUCUGGUUCAUCUUGGUCCAUGUGACCGACCGGUCAGAUGCCCGGCUCCAGUACGGCCUCCUGAUUUUUGGUGCUGCUGUCUCUGUCCUUCUACAGGAGGUGUUCCGCUUUGCCUACUACAAGCUGCUUAAGAAGGCAGAUGAGGGGUUAGCAUCGCUGAGUGAGGACGGACGAUCACCCAUCUCCAUCCGCCAGAUGGCCUAUGUUUCUGGUCUCUCCUUCGGUAUCAUCAGUGGUGUCUUCUCUGUUAUCAAUAUUUUGGCUGAUGCACUUGGGCCAGGUGUGGUUGGGAUCCAUGGAGACUCACCCUAUUACUUCCUGACUUCAGCCUUUCUGACAGCAGCCAUUAUCCUGCUCCAUACCUUUUGGGGAGUUGUGUUCUUUGAUGCCUGUGAGAGGAGACGGUACUGGGCUUUGGGCCUGGUGGUUGGGAGUCACCUGCUGACAUCGGGACUGACAUUCCUGAACCCAUGGUAUGAGGCCAGCCUGCUGCCCAUCUAUGCAGUCACUGUUUCCAUGGGGCUCUGGGCCUUCAUCACAGCUGGCGGGUCCCUCCGAAGUAUUCAGCGCAGCCUCUUGUGCCGACGGCAGGAGGACAGUCGGGUGAUGGUGUAUUCUGCCCUGCGCAUCCCACCCGAGGACUGAGGGAACGUAGGGGGGACCCCCUGGGCCUGGGGUGCCCUCCUGAUGUCCUCGCCCUGUAUUUCUCCAUCUCCAGUUCUGGACAGUGCAGGUUGCCGAGAAAAGGGAUCUAGGUUAGCCAUUGCCCUGGAGAUGAAAUUAACGGAGGCUCGAGGGUAGACGAGCUCUGAGUUUCUCAGUACCCUCUCCCCAGACUGGACAUCUUUUUCUCAGGCCUGAGGGGCACGAUUUUUGGUGUGAUAAAGACCCUGAUCUGCCUUUUUUUGCUUUUUUGAGGUGGGGGGAGGGAGGAGGGAGGUUGGAACUCUUCUAACCUCCUUGGGCUGUAUUUUCUCUGGAAUUGCGCCUCACAGCUGGGCUCAUUUCUGUCCCUUUCUCCCUGGUCCCAGACCUUGGGGGAAAGGAAAGAAGUGCAUGUUUGGGAACUGGCAAUACUGGAACUAACGGUUUUAACCCUUAAACACCAGCAUCCCUCCUCUCCCCAAGGUGAAGUGGAGGGUGCUGGGGUGAGCCGGCCCUCCAGAGCUGCAGUGCCGCCGGAGGAGUCAGACUACCGUGACAUCGUAGGGAAGGAGGGCAGAUUUUUUUGUAGUUUUUAACUGGGGUGUGGGAGGGGCGGGGAGGUUUUCUAUAAACUGUAUCAUUUUCUGCUGAGGGUGGGGUGUCCCAUCCUUUUAAUCAAGGUGAUUGUGAUUUUGACUAAUAAAAAAAGACUUUGUAA